CUUCCUUGCCAAUCACCUGACCCUGGCCAUCCCCAUCAUUGCAGCCGUCCUCUUCUUCUUUGUCAUCAGCUGCCUGCUCCAGACAAGCUUCAGAGACCCAGGUAUCCUGCCCAGAGCCACCCCAAGCGAGGCCGCAGACCUGGAAAAGCGGAUUGACAGCAUGGGUACCUCUACCUAUCGCCCGCCGGCCCGCACGAUGGAGGUGGUCAUAAACAAGUACGUGGUGAAACUCAAGUACUGCUACACCUGCAAAAUGUUCCGCCCUCCACGCACCUCUCACUGCAGUGUCUGCGACAACUGCGUCGAGAGGUUUGACCACCACUGCCCCUGGGUGGGCAACUGCGUGGGGAAGCGCAACUAUCGCUACUUCUAUGCCUUCAUCCUCUCCCUCUCCUUCCUGACAGCCUUCAUCUUCGCCUGCGUCGUCACCCACCUCACUCUGCGUGCUCAGAGAGAUGGAUUCCUCGUCACUCUGAAGACCACACCUGCGAGUGUGCUGGAGCUGGUGAUUUGUUUUUUCUCAGUCUGGUCUAUUUUGGGCCUCUCAGGUUUUCACACUUAUUUAGUCGCCUCCAACCUGACAACGAACGAAGAUAUCAAAGGAUCCUGGUCAAACAAGAGGGGCUCAGAGUUUGCCAAUCCCUACAGCCAUAAAAGUAUCCUCACAAACUGCUGUGCAGUGCUGUGUGGACCAUUCCACCCCAGUUUGAUAGACAGAAGAGGAUUUAUCCAGCCAGAUUUUGGGACCCCGUCCAGUCCUAAGAGCGAAAUCCCUUCUUUUGGAGCCAAAACUGACACCAGCAUGGAGGAUGCCUGCCAGGACUUUGCCAUUUCCUGCACAGCCUGACGGGAUUUUGUCCCCUCCUUGGACGUUAGCGCUGCUUUCUGAGGGUUAGCUGGAGCCGUGGCAGCCCGCAGCCCUCUCUCUGCCUCUCGAGUUGCCCCGUGAGGAGCCGAGACGCCACGGGCAGCACCCGAGACCACAGCCAUGACCACCACGAGUGCCUCCGCUCGCCAGGGCUACGCGGCUGCGCCUUCCUCCCUCCCACCCCAAGAGAAGGGGGAAAGCAGCCGUGCACAAGGAAAAGCUUUUCCAACCCCCCCUCCGGGAGCCAGGACGGCCGUCCCGCGGGUUCAGAGCUCGAAGCCAUACAGCCGUCCCACCCCAGAGCAAUAACCGGAGCUCCUGCUGUCUCCUGCCGCUGGACGGACUCACGCAGCCGAGCCGAGGCCGCCGGUGGCUCCCUGUAACCACCAGCUUUACCCCCAGCGAAGGUGUCUCCCCUCCCGUAGAUACUGGGAGAUAGUGGUUUGCAUUCCAGCGGGUUCUCGACAUGAGCAGGAUUCACACCAGAGCGUUUACAACUGACCCGGUGGCAUUACACACCCAACCCCACCAGCCCCUCUCCAUGUGCCGGAGGACUCACCUCUCCAGACCAGAGUUAGUACAUGGUCAGAAUUUACCCUUGCAGCCCCCCUGGCCAUCUCCCCCCUUCCUGUUUUGUCUUAGCACGACUCUAGUUUUAAGGGAAGGAUUCAACCCCCCCAGCACCUUCUGCAGCCGGUGUUGCCGGUGGCCGCAGCACAGGCCGGGCUGGGAGCUGCCCUGCGGUGCCGUGCAGGCCUGCCCACCGUAGUGCCCGGUAGGAUUCACCAUCUAUUUAUGCCUUUUACUUUUGUAACAAAAUAAAA